AUGGAGUCAGCGAAUCAGGAGAUUGAUGGACGGCCACUUCUACCCGUCUCUAGUGAUACUCAUCCAAAGUUCCGGCCUGCCUUCGCAUUUUUAUCCAAGCCCGAGCUUAGACGGGUCCUUUGGCCACUUUUUGUCUACUCGUACUUGAACCUUAUCAAGUCUAUGGCGCCGAUGGAGGGCCACCAAUUUUUUGAUGCCAACAAGAAUCUAUUUCUCCCUGAACACACAGACGAUAUUCGUGCACUACAGUCGAUAAAUCUCCCAGAGCAUGUUCAAGACAAUAAAAUCUCCAAGUUAUACCUGGAAAACAAGUACCGACUCACCUUGAGCAACCCAGCCUUUUCCAAUUUGAUGCAAUUCCUGGAAACAAAACAUAAAGAAGGCGGAACAGUUAUGUCUGCCCUUUUGAGUAGCUAUUGCACUCUUAUCACAAAGGAUCGCGCUUCUGAUGACCGGUUUAGUUUUGGCGCAAUGUUAGCCAGAGGGAAAGAUUCGGCUGGUGUACCAGCUGAAGAUGAAGGUAUCCCUGGUCAUCACCCUGGUUCAGCGUAUACUGGUGAUAAUCCAGGCAUAGCUGGAGCGCUUCCACGUCUCAAGCUGGGACAACUACCCCCGGAAACAGCCCUGGAGGGAGACGUUCGUGGAGAGUUGGAAGAAGAAGAUUCCAAGGAAGAUCUAGGGCCCGGCAAAGAGACCCUUGUCCAACACUUCGACCAAAUGAUCAAGAAAGAGGAAGAUCUUGAUGCCCCCUCCCGCUCAGAAAUACCCUACCCCCCUUCAACUGCGCGAGACGUGGCAAUGGAAGUUCAGAAGGUUAAAGAGAACCGUGACAGGUUCAAAAUCGAUGGAAGAAGCGGAGGGGUCGCUCCUGGGGUUAGCGUAUGCAUGUUUACGUUCCAUAAUGCAAAUCAGGGAAUUACCUGCAUGGAUUUUUCUGGAGAUAACACACUUGUUGCUGCAGGAAUGCAAGACUCUUACAUUCGUGUCUGGAGUCUUGAUGGACGUCCAAUUCCCGCCACAUAUCCCGAUGCUGACGAUUCAACCCCGAAAAAUUCUCAUAGACUAUACGGUCACUCUGGCCCAGUGUACGCCGUGGCUUUUGCCCCUUCAAUCGCAAGCCCAGACGAUGCAGAAGUCAAAACAAACACUCGCUGGCUCCUUUCCUCAUCUGCUGAUCAAACCAUUCGCCUUUGGUCUCUUGACCUUUGGAGGUGUAUCGUCGUCUAUAAAGGCCACGCUGGUCCAGUAUGGAGCCUCUCCUGGGGCCCAUUCGGUCACUAUUUCGUCUCCGGUGGACAUGACAAAACCGCACGACUAUGGGUUACAAAUAAGAUUCGACAACAGCGCAUCUUUGCUGGGCACGAUCAGGACGUUGACUGCGUAUGCUUCCACCCUAAUUCUGCGUAUGUGUUUACCGCAAGCUCCGAUCAUACCGUACGCAUGUGGUCUGUGAGCACAGGUAAUGCUGUCCGUAUGUUUACUGGGCAUACUGGCAACAUCACUGCCGUGUCAUGCAGCAACAAUGGACGACUCCUUGCCUCCGCUGACGAUCAUGGCACUAUCAUUUUAUGGGAUCUUGCUCCCGGAAGGCUGCUAAAACGCAUGCGUGGCCAUGCAAAGGGUGGCAUUUGGUCCCUAUCCUGGAGUGCCGAGUCCAAUGUCCUUGUUUCUGGAGGUGCAGAUGGUACAGUCCGUGUAUGGGAUGUCGCUGGGCCCGCCAGUGAUGCUUCAACUGGGCAAGGUCGUGUCCUAAGUGAAUCAGGCGGUGGAACCAAGAUCGACGCAGGUAGCUCAGCAAAUGCUGCAUCUGCCCAGGCAGCUACAGCAAGCACUGUAGCAGUAGGGGCUGGCGCCUCUAAAUCAGGUACAACCAAAGGAAAUCCUACUAAGAAGAAGAAAGGAAAAGACGCCGUCGUUACAGCGGACCAAAUCAGCGCAUUCCCCACUAAGAAAACGCCAGUUUUCAAUGUCAGCUUUACAAGGAUGAACUUAGUGAUUGCUGGCGGAGCUUACACGCCCUGA